CUGAGCUGAGCUGAGCUGAGCUGCGGGGGAACCGUCGCUGUUCAGGAAGACUAACUAACUAGCGACUGAAACUUCACUGCCAAGAUGUCCGACGAAGAACAAGAGCAGACCAUAGCGGAGGACCUGGUGGUCACCAAGUACAAGAUGGGGGGUGACAUCGCCAACCAGGCUCUCCGUCUGGUUGUGGAAACCGCCACGCCCGGGGUGUCGGUUCUCAGCCUCUGUCAGAAGGGGGAUGCCUACAUCAUGGCUGAGACUGGAAAGGUCUUCAAGAAGGAAAAGGAAAUGAAGAAAGGCAUUGCCUUUCCCACCAGCGUCUCAGUCAAUAACUGUGUUUGCCACUUCUCUCCCCUGAAGAGUGACCAUGACUACACACUUAAAGAUGGGGAUCUGGUCAAAAUAGAUCUAGGUGUUCAUGUCGAUGGCUUCAUUGCUAAUGUUGCUCACAGCUUUGUGGUGGGAGCCAAUAAGGAGAACCCAAUCACAGGCCGGAAAGCUGAUGUAAUCAAAGCGGCCCAUCUGUGUGCAGAAGCAGCUCUUCGCCUUGUUAAACCUGGUAACCAGAACUCUCAAGUGACAGACGCCUGGAACAAGAUCGCUCAGUCGUUCAAAUGCUCACCAAUAGAGGGUAUGCUGUCUCAUCAGCUAAAGCAACAUGUCAUUGAUGGAGAGAAGACCAUCAUUCAGAACCCGUCAGACCAACAAAGGAAGGACCAUGAGAAGGCAGAGUUUGAGGUACAUGAAGUCUAUGCUGUGGAUGUCUUGAUCAGCACCGGAGAAGGGAAGGCCAGAGAUGGAGGUAUGAGGACCACCAUUUAUAAGAGGGACCCCAGUAAGCAGUACGGCUUGAAGAUGAAAACGUCCCGUAUGUUCUUCAGCGAAGUGGAACGACGCUUUGAUGCCAUGCCCUUUACUCUCCGGGCGUUCGAGGAUGAGGCGAAAGCCCGUCUGGGUGUGGUAGAGUGUGCCAAACAUGAACUGCUACAGCCCUUCAGUGUGCUACAAGAGAAAGAGGGAGAGUGUGUAGCUCAGUUUAAGUUCACAGUGCUGCUGAUGGCCAACGGGCCACACCGAAUCACCAACGGACCCUUCGAUCCGGAGCUCUACAAGUCAGAGCAUGAAGUUCAGGAUGCAGAGCUGAGGACUUUACUACAGAGCUCUGCGAGUCGUAAAACACAGAAGAAAAAGAAAAAGAAGGCCUCAAAGACGGCAGAAAAUGCAACUGGACAGCCAACCGAGGACACAGAAGCCGUAGAAUAAAUAAAUAAAUACUGCCUUUCCACACAUGCAAGACCCCAAAGAGAAGCAAGAGAAAAUGUGACAAAUUGCCCCAAACUCACUGCCCAUUACACACCUUUUGAUUUCAUAAAUUAAACAGAUGAAUUUUAGAUCCUACAUGGACUCUUAACCCUUUACUGCAUUCAUUGAAAUGUUGCUUUUUCUCCCCUAACUUGAGUAGGAAAUAAGAAUAUUUGCAAAUAGUUUUACAUUCGAAUUUUAAAAAUCUUUCCUCAUGUUUGUAUUAUUUGCAGCUGAAACUUUACUUUCAAGUAAAACUGAAGCUUACAGUGGGCAUUAAUGGGAGUGGAUCAGUCUGUAUUUUUGACAUUUAGCUGCGGGUGAAGGAUUAUUGGAUGAUACCAACAGAAAUGUUGAUCAUAUUCGUAAACUCGGUAUUCCUCAGGCAUCAUGUAUCCGAGGCCAUCAUGGAUUCUGAAUUGUCUCACAUUGUUUCACUUUGGCAACAAAGCUAUCCAAACUUGUUUAUAUGUAUAACAAGGAUUUAUAGUAAAAGGGAAUAUUUAGAUGCUUUAUUGGAAGGUUUACGAGCACUUUGAUAAGUGAUGACGAUGAGUUUAGUCAUCAAAAACUACACUAUGCAGUAAAGGGUUAAAUUAUAAAUUUGAACAAACAAAACAAAAUUGACAAAUGACAGCAAUUACAAGGACUGUAAUAUAAAAGAUGGUGUUUGCGUCAGAGUUAAUGGUUUGUGGUUACUUGUCCAUCAUAUGAAACUAGUGUUUAACCACACUAGAUACCUUUCAAAGCAUUAACCUGAACACGACUGGAAUAUUUUUAAGUAUACAGACACAGUUGUAAUCAGCUUGACUUGAGGGAACAAAACUGCUACAUUUACUGCCACUCCCCUUGAAUUUUAUGAAUAGAAAUCUAUACGUUCCACUUUUGAAAAACUUUUCUAUUAGUGACACCUUGCUUUACUACGUCAUUAGUCCUGUGAAGCAUGGAAACUAAAGCUGAUCAAGCUUUAAUAAAAGUUUUUUUGGGGUGUCUUCAGUGGAUUUGGACCAGUAAGAGAUCAUUUCGAGGUCGGGGUCAGUGUUGGGUUCAGAUUUGUCAACAGUUGAAUAUGUUGAGAAAAAUAAAAUCCUGCUUUGUAGCUCAAUCUGUGGGCAAUGGAACUUUACAUCUAAUGAAAUAAAAACAUUUUCAUACA